AGCGGAUUACCGGGACCCGGGGCGCGGCCGGGCGGCGCCGCGAUGGGAGCGACGAGCAGCGGCCCCGAGCAGCCCCCGGCCCCGGGGCGGCCCCCCCAGGGCCGCGCCGUGGGGUCGUGGGUUCGGGCGCUGCUGAGCCGCGCGGGGCCGGUACCGGCAGCGGGGUCGGGGCUCGCCCUGGCCCCGCGGGGACCCGCCGAGGAGCCGCCGCUGCCCGGGUGGCCGCUGCCGCAGCUCGUCUCGCUCUUCCUGCCGGAGUUCCCCCUUCGCCCCUCCGCUCUCCAGCAGCAGCUCAAGAUCCUGGGCUUCGUGGCCAAAGGCUCCUUCGGGACCAUCCUCAAGGUGCUGGACUGCGGGCGGGAGAAGGUCUGCGCCGUGAAGGUGGUGCCCAAGGUGGAGGUGCUGCGCCGCGACACCCUCAAGCAGUGCAAGGAAGAAGUCAGCAUCCAGAGACAGGUCAGGCACCCGUUUGUGCACGGGCUUGGGGACAGCUGGCAGGGCCAGCGCCACCUCUUCAUCAUGUGCACCUACUGCAGCACCGGAGACCUGCACGCGCUCUGGCGCACCGCGGGGCGCUUCGCUGAGGCCACCGUCCGCCUCUUCGCCGCCGAGCUGGUGCUGGUGCUGGUGUAUCUCCAUGACCUGGGCAUCGUGCACAGAGAUGUGAAGAUGGAGAACAUCCUCCUGGAUGAGAGAGGACACCUCAAGCUCACCGACUUUGGCCUGUCCCGGCACCUGCAGUGGGGUGAGCGAGCCCACACCAUCUGCGGCACCCUGCACUACAUGGCCCCAGAGGUGCUGAGUGGGGGGCCCUACAGCCACGCAGCUGACUGGUGGUCCUUGGGAGUCCUGCUCUUCGCCUUGGCCAGCGGGGAGUUCCCUGUGGCACCGGCAGAAGACCAUGUGGCCAUGCUGGAGCGCAUCCAGCAGAGCAGCUACGAGAUCCCAGCCGCCCUCAGCCCCGCGCUGGCCCGGCUGCUGGCUGAGCUGCUGUGCCACAACCCCCUGCGCCGCCUGCACUACCUCCACCAAUUCCAGAGCCACCCCUUCUUCCGUGGGGUGACCUUCGACGCUGACUUGCUGCAGAAGGACCCGGUGGCCGUGGCGGUGGCCCCACGGCCCCCCGAGCAGCCCCUGCCAGCCCCUGCCACCUUCGCCGACUUCGACUACGACCUCGCCACCCUGCCGGGACGGCCCUGCCCUGGCUGAGCCGCCGCUGCCGGGACCCCCGGCAUCGCUCAGGGACAUCCCCCCACCCCGGCAGCGGGACGGAUCCUGCUGGGCUGGGUCCCCCUUCUCCUACUGCUGUACCUCUCUCCCCGCGGGAGCAAUAAACCCGAGAGCCGCGGGCACCGCUGCGGGUGCUGCUCU